GGGCAAAGGUUUGGGUGCGCAUGUGUUACACGAGCACAUUUCCUUCUGUCAUCUGCAGCUGGGGAGGGCGGGAACCUCCAGAGGGCUUUCCCGGGAAGCCAGGGGAUGUUCCCCUCAGGAGUCUGUGGGAAGUGAGAGUAUCCCCAGCGAGGGAGGUGGGUCCGGCGCUCACCGGAGCAUCUCAGCACUGACCACGUGCUUGGACACAGGAAGAGCAAUGCCCCCAGCUGCGGGGCUGCGUCAGUUGUUGAACCCUUGUGCUGAGAGAAGAGGCUGAAAUGCCACCCAAAAGGUGACAGAGACACAGCUCCGGUGAGGAAGUGUCCACUCGGGCACAGGGCGAUGCUUUUCCCAGUGUGGAUCCCUCCUGCUCAUCCUGCAAGUGACCCCAGCGAGCUCUGACCCAGAGCAUGAGCAGGGCACGAGGGCAGGACUUGAAUUAACUCCCCCCACGCCAAAGCCCCCCACGAUGAGCCGGUGAGCAGAGCCUCCCACAGGGAUUCCAGGGCUGGACUGUUCCCUUUGGAUCCUGAGGCCACCCUGGCUGCAGGACAGGCGGGAUGGACGUGUUAUGAUGCCGGGGCUGAGCACGGAGCUGGAGAACAACCAUGAGCAACAGCUCCAAUUGCAGUGAGACAGACCUCAAGGCCUACUACGCUGUCACCUACACCGUGAUCCUGAUCCCUGGGCUCAUCGGGAACACCCUGGCCUUGUGGGUCUUCUAUGGAUACAUGAAAGAGACUAAAAGGGCUGUGAUAUUUAUGAUCAAUUUAGCCAUUGCUGACUUAUCACAGGUGCUGUCCUUGCCCCUGAGGAUUUUUUACUACCUGACGGGCACGUGGGAGUUCGGAGGAGGCCUCUGCAUGCUCUGCUUCUACCUGAAGUACGUCAAUAUGUAUGCUAGCAUCUACUUCUUGGUGUGCAUCAGCGUGAGGAGGUACCUGUUCCUCAUGCACCCCUUCAAAUUCAGCGACUGCAGGCGUAUCUGCGACGUCUACAUCAGCAUCGUGGGCUGGGUCGUGGUCUGUGUGGGCUGCCUGCCUUUCCCACUCCUCAGGCUGCACCAGGAUGAUAAAAACACCUGUUUCGUGGAUCUUCCCAUCAAGAAACUCGACCUCCCCACCUCCAUCACACUGAUGACCUUAGGGGAGUUGGUGGGGUUUGUGACCCCCCUGCUCAUCAUCCUGUACUGCUCCUGGAAGACAGUCUUAUCACUAAAGGAGAGGAACUCUGCUUCUCGGGACCUGGGAGAGAAGAAAAAGGCUUUAAAGAUGAUCCUCACCUGCGCCCUGGUGUUCCUGAUUUGCUUUGCACCUUAUCACAUCAGCUUCCCGCUGGAUUUCUUUGUAAAAACCAGGCAGAUCCAGGAGGGCUGCGUGCAGAUCUCGGUGUUCCACGCUGUGGCUUUGUGCCUGGCCAGCCUCAACUCCUGCGUGGAUCCCGUCAUCUACUACUUCACCACGGAUGAGUUCAGGAGACGCCUCUCCAGGCAGGAUCUGCAGGACAGCAUCCAGCUCCAGCCCCUCAGCUACGGCAGGAAGCACUCCAGGGAUGUGCUCGGGGAGGACACCAUGGAAUACUAGAGCUGCCCUUCCCAAACAGCUGCCAGCACUCCCAAUAUUCAUUAAAUUUUGGCCUUUGCCACAAUUUUUUCCCUCAGGACGCUGC